GGGCGGGUGUCCCUGGGCUGUCACCCCGGCUGGGGAUCAGCCCGAGUUCCCGUGGUGUUCCCGGCAGUUUGGGGUGCGAGGGGAGCGGGCACCGGGCCCCCUGUUCCCCGGGAUGUAAAAGGGCGUACAGGUCCAGUGGUGUCGACCCAUUGGACCCCUGGAGUCCCUUCUUGGGAGCCUGGAGAAACCUUCAGCAGGGCUGCUAACACUGAUGAGAGAUCUUUUAUGCCCAGGUCGUCGCUCUCUGAACAGAGCACACCAUGCGUGAGUACAAGCUGGUGGUCCUUGGUUCAGGAGGUGUGGGGAAGUCUGCUUUGACUGUACAGUUUGUUCAGGGAAUUUUUGUUGAAAAAUAUGACCCCACAAUAGAAGAUUCAUACAGAAAGCAAGUGGAAGUAGACUGCCAACAGUGUAUGCUUGAAAUCCUCGAUACAGCAGGGACAGAGCAAUUUACAGCAAUGAGGGAUCUGUAUAUGAAGAAUGGUCAAGGGUUUGCACUAGUAUAUUCUAUAACAGCACAGUCCACGUUUAAUGACCUACAGGACCUUCGGGAACAGAUUUUACGGGUUAAGGACACUGAAGAUGUUCCAAUGAUUCUGGUUGGCAAUAAAUGUGACCUGGAGGAAGAACGUGUAGUUGGCAAAGAACAGGGUCAGAACUUAGCAAGACAGUGGUGUAACUGUGCCUUUCUAGAGUCAUCUGCAAAGUCUAAAAUCAACGUUAAUGAGAUCUUUUAUGACCUGGUCAGACAGAUAAAUAGGAAAACACCAGUGGAAAAGAAGAAGCCUAAAAAGAAAACCUGUUUGCUGCUUUAGACUCCAAUCGUGCAGCAGCUCUGAGCCAGAUUGCAGGAAUGAAGAACUGUUGCCUAAAUGGAAAGUGCCAGCAUUCCCGACUUCAAAACCUUAUGGAAAUGAAUAACAUAUCUGAAGAAGCUUCUCCUGUUUUUUAUAUAAUAUGAGAAGAAUUUAGAUCUUAAAAUGGUUUGCACACAACCCCUGGAAAAAGAAAUUGCUCUGUGUAUAUCUCUUGGAAACUGAAGACAAUAGUACUCCUCCUUUGCAAUAGCAGUUAACAGAUGUGAAAAUAAAUACAAUUGACUCUAGUCUAUGAUAAUACAAAGGAGCAUGGAUGCAUUUCAAUAUCUAAAUAUUGCUACUAUAAUUAAAAUUUCAUAUUGACCCUUUUAUCAUAAUUUUUCCCCAUCAUGCACUAAAAAUGUUCCACCAUUAUAUUUUAUAUCUAUAACUAUAGAUAUAUAUUAUCUGAAAUUUCCCUUUGAACUCACUGCAGCAAAUAACUUUUUGAGUCAUUGACUUCAUUUUAUAUUUAAAAGGUAAAGAAUAUCAUUAUUUUCAUUCUGCCAUUAUAUUCUAAUUCAAAAAAUGUUUGUGCAUAAUGCUUUGGAAAAAUGGGUCUUUUAUAGGAAAAAACUGGGAUAACUGAUUUCUAUGGCUUUAAAAGCAAAAAUAUAUAAUAUACUAAACCAACUCUAAUAUUGCUUCUUGUGUUUUUCUGUCACAGAUUAAAUUACAGCUUUUAUGAAUGAUUAAAUUUUAGUACAUUUUCA